AUCCAACUUCCAGCUUUGAUAGCUCCGUUGUACCCGUUUUAGCUAUUUCUCUCUCUCUCUCUAAGCUGAUGUACUCUCCUCUUCUCUUUUCUUCUCGCCAAUGUAUCAUUUACCCAUCUAAAUAAUUAUCUUCCUCUCGCCUGAACCACCGCCAACUCAGUCAUGGCAUUGACACCGUCAUCGAUUCAGCUAACCACCUUCUUCUUCUUCUUCUUCUUCCAACUGGAUGCCGCCACCGUGCACGGCGUCUCCGCCGAUUCCACCAACACACUCCUAGAUGGAGCCCGACCUGCCAUGGUAUUGCCGCUCUUUCUAUCUCCUUCCAAUUCUUCCAAAACGUUGUCGAAUCUGCAUCGCCAUCUCCAGGGAUCCAAUGCCAGCAAACGUCCCUACGCUCGCAUGGGACUCUACGACGAUCUUCUCCUCAAUGGGUACUACACUACGCGGCUUUGGAUCGGGACGCCACCUCAGAAAUUUGCUGUUAUCGUUGAUACAGGCAGUACUAUUACGUAUGUCCCGUGCUCUUCUUGUGAGCAAUGCGGCAAGCACCAGGAUCCGAAAUUUCAGCCAGAAUUGUCAGUCUCCUAUCAACCUGUAAAGUGCAACAUUGAUUGCACCUGUGAUGAUGAAAAUGUACAGUGUGUUUAUGAUAGACAGUAUGCUGAGAUGAGCGCUAGCAGUGGUGUUCUUGGUGAGGACAUCAUAUCCUUUGGGAAUCAGAGUGAACUGGCACCCCAGCGUGCUGUUUUUGGUUGUGAGAAUCUGGAAACUGGUGACAUUUACAGUCAACACGCCGACGGCAUAAUGGGAUUGGGCCGAGGUGAUCUCAGUAUUGUUGAUCAACUUGUUGAAAAAGGUGUAAUAAGUGACUCAUUCUCAUUGUGUUAUGGUGGAAUGGAUAUUGGUGGGGGUGCAAUGGUUCUUGGUGGUAUAUCUCCUCCUUCAGACAUGGUCUUUACAGAUUCAGAUCCUGUGCGCAGUCCAUACUAUAACAUUGAUUUGAAGGAGAUACAUGUGGCGGGGAAGCGGUUGCCUUUAAACCCAAGUGUAUUUGAUGGAAGACACGGUACUGUCCUGGAUAGUGGUACGACAUAUGCUUACCUACCAGAAACGGCAUUUGCAGCAUUUAAGGAUGCUUUUAUGAAGGAACUUAAUGCCUUAAAGCAGAUCCGUGGUCCUGAUCCAAAUUAUAAUGAUAUUUGCUUUUCUGGUGCUCCAAGUGAUGUUUCCCAACUCUCAAAUACAUUUCCACCAAUCGAUAUGGUAUUUGGUAAUGGGAAACUGUUGUCAUUAUCACCUGAAAAUUACUUAUUCCGGCAUUCCAAAGUGCGUGGUGCAUACUGUCUAGGUGUAUUCCAAAAUGGGCAUGAUCCAACUACUCUUCUAGGAGGAAUCAUUGCCCGCAACACUCUUGUGAUGUAUGAUCGUGAAAAUUCAAAGAUGGGUUUCUGGAAGACCAAUUGUUCUGAGUUGUGGGAAAGACUUCACAGAACUGGUGCUCCAGCACCAUCAUCCUCAGCUUCAAAUCGAACUAACUCAACCAUAGGAAUGCCACCUACAUUGGCUCCUAGUAACCAACUGCAAUAUAUUCUCCCAGGUUCUGAUGAACUCCAAAUUGGACAAAUAACAUUUGAAAUUUCAAUGAAUGUCAACUCGUCGGAUUUGGAGCCGCACAUUACAGAACUUAUUGGAUUCAUUUCUCAGGGGUUAGGUGUUAAUGCCUUGCAGGUCAGUAUGCUGAAUCUCACUUCUAAAGGAAAUCAUUCGCAUCUUGUAUGGUCUAUAUUCCCUCCAGGAUCUGCUGAUCACUUUUCUAAUGCUACUGCUCUUAGUAUAAUUUCCAGGGUUGCAGAACAUCAAAUGCGGCUUCCUGACGCCUUUGGAAGUUAUGAGUUGGUUCAGUGGAAAAUUGAGCCUCCAGCAAAUCGGACAUGGUGGAACCAACACUAUUUACUGGUGGUUUUAGCCAUUAUUAUGUUAAUUGUUGGAUUAUCAGCUUCUGGAAUUUGGUUCACUUGGAGUCGAGGACGACAAACAUCGAAUGUAUAUAAGCCUGUUGGUGCACCAGCUCCUGAGCAAGAACUACAGCCGCUAUAAACUCUCAUUGGCUUUCUGUGAUAUACACCAACUAUAUGAGAUUGGCAUUUUUUACUCCAACUGCCGUAAAUUUGCAAGAAGACUACUUCAUUCUACCAAAGAUUUUGUCAAGCCACAUAGACUGUCCUUCCAAAUCUUAUAUUAUAAAGGUAUGUAAAGAAACAACUGCACUUGUUAUUAUUUUAGUAUUGCUUAAUAAUGGGAAUGCUGGAAAAUUUUUUCAUUGGUUUACUUUUUGCACUGUCUGUUGCUUUUGAAGAAUAUUUGCUUGACUAGAGAAAGGCAUUUUGAUGGAAUAAACCUCUUUUGUACUUGGAAAAUUUCAAAAUUCAA